UCUCAGGAAGGGCAGGGGGAUGUGGAAAAAAUUCUGGUUCCCUCCCCUUAAGGCUUCGGGCUUUCGCUUUCACUUCCUCCUUCAAGAGCCGCCAGAUCUCCGGGUGCUGGGCGGUCAUGGCGCUGCUGGACGUGUGCGGAGCCCCCCGCGGGCAGCGGGAGGACUGGGCUUUCCCUCACGCGGGAAGCCGGCAGCGCUCGGACCCCGGUCACUACAGUUUCUCUCUGCGAUCUCCGGAGCUCGCCCUCCCCCUGGGAAUGCAGCCCACUGAAUUCUUCCGGUCCCUGGGUGGGAAUGCAGAAAGGAACAUUCAGAUCGAGAUGGCUCAUGGCACGACCACGCUGGCCUUCAAGUUCCAGCAUGGGGUGAUUGUGGCCGUGGAUUCUCGGGCCUCGGCCGGGAAUUACAUUGACACAUUAACGGUGAACAAGGUGAUUGAGAUUAACCCUUACCUGCUUGGUACCAUGUCUGGCUGUGCAGCUGACUGUCAGUACUGGGAGCGUCUGCUGGCGAAGGAGUGCAGGCUGUACUAUUUGCGGAAUGGCGAGCGUAUCUCUGUGUCUGCAGCCUCCAAACUGCUCUCCAACAUGACGUGCCAGUACCGGGGCAUGGGCCUCUCCAUAGGCAGCAUGAUCUGUGGCUGGGACAAGAAAGGUCCUGGACUCUACUAUGUGGAUGGAAAUGGGACUCGGCUCUCCGGAAAUAUGUUCUCCACCGGUAGUGGGAACUCCCAUGCCUAUGGGGUCAUGGAUACUGGCUAUAGACCUGACCUUGGCAUUGAAGAGGCCUGUGACCUGGGCCGAAGGGCAAUUGUUCAUGCCACCCACCGAGACAGCUAUUCUGGAGGCGUUGUCAAUAUGUACCACGUGAAGGAGGACGGUUGGGUGAAAGUGGAAAGUACAGACGUCAGUGACCUGAUGCACCAGUACCGGGAGGCCAGUCAGUAAUGGUGGCAGUGGUGGACUUGGGGACCUGGGCCAGGUUACACCCCAGGAGAAAGAGGGGCCUGACCUGACCCAGAGAUAGAGAACCAGGGGCCACUGGGAGGCAGCGUGGAGUUUAUCCUUUUGUGUGUUCUCUGUCUCCAUGAGUAUCACCCCCAGCCCAACCUUCUGGGUGCCCCACUAAGCACAAUAAAGGAAAACGGUUAUAAAAGCC